AUGUCUUCUUGGAUGUAUCUAGCAUUGACUUCGGCAGUUGUCGCAAAGACUGUUUCUGUUAUCGAAGGAAGUUGGCGUUAUAUGGGUGGAGCAUCUAUUGUAUUUCAUGGAGUCAAGACAUAUAUCUUUGGAAAGUUGGUUCGAACAAUUGAAUAUCCCGAUGGUGAAAUGGUAUCCAUCGUAGUUAGAACUAAUAACAUUAAUAGAUUGAAAAAUGAAAUUAUAAAACAACAACCUGCUUUAUUCCCUGGUGUAGAACUUGGUCCCUCUGAUGUAAAGUAUUUGGCAAGAUGGACACCACCCCAUUUCACAGAACAAUGUAGUAAGAAUAGAGAUCUAAAGUGGGUAGCCGAUGGAGGCGUCGUCUUUUGGAGCAGAUUUGAUCCAAUACCAAAGAGAAAUGUGACACUCGAUGUCAAGGACAAGGAGUUGAUUAAAUUGGACCAGGCAAUCAGCUUUGUCACAAAGAUGGGCAGAGAGGCACCGAUGGACUCUCCCACCAACCAAAAAUUGACAGAACCACAAGAGAACGCCCUCAUCGACCUUCUUUUGGAAAAGGACGACGGUGUUUUAGCACUACAUAGAAACUUUAACAGUAGACCUGCUCUAUUUAAACAUCACGCACUACGUUAUUUGACUACCAAGGGCAAAAUAAUCGAUCCUGUCCUAGUAGAUUUUCUAUCAAGUGAUCAAAAACAACAACAACAACAAACUAAUACUGUAUCUGCUACAUCCUCUACAACUACUACCACUGCCUCUACUAAUCAACAAAAAGAAAAGGAAAAAGAAAAAGAAAAAGAAAGAGAAAGAGAAAGAGAAAAGGAGAAAUUGAAUCAACAACAAACUUUACAACAAUCACCAACCAAUCCUCCAUCACCACAUGAAUUAACAAAUACUCUAUUAGGACAACAAAAAGAAGGGACAGACAGAGAAAGACAACAUCCAUCCAUCCAUCCAUCCUUCCUUCUAUCAUUCCCACCAACCAAGAAAUAA